AUGGUCGGUCGCAGACCUGAUUACUUUGAUGGACAGAUGGAGCCAGACAGUAGUGGCAGCAGCUCUGCAUCAACACUUGCGGACCAUUAUGUGCCAAACCAUAGAUGUCCCGAAAAUAAUGCUCCACCAAGGCAAGUUCGUCUAGCAGCGGGUUCCUGCGGAUUGAGUGGCACCGGCGCGCCGUCGAAUAAAAGCAUCAGCGAGGAUUACUUUGUUGUUAUGCGGGAUUUCGCAUUAAAACCACCCGAGAUUGAGAUCAUGGAGGGACCCAAAGCAGAUACCUUUUUUGAACGCCAGAGUGCCCGACCAAACAAAAAAGAGCCCGAACGCAAGAAGCCAGAAGGCCUGCCUAAUUUCGAACCCAACGAACUAAACGACGGCGAACCUCUAAAAGACGUUUUUCAGAAAUUCGAUUUCCGAUUUUAUGAAGAGGAUGUCGGAGCUGAUUUAUUCGCCAAAGGUGCAUUGUAUAUCGAUGCGUCGAAAGAAACAAAGCUGGACUCGGUCGUGCUGAUGGUGACCCAUACACUCAAGUACACUAAAGAUGAAAAGACUAUCACCGAAAUCAACGGGGUAAUUGACGGAGAUGCAAAGCCACCUAAGCCCGUCGAAGUCCAACUUGCUGGUCAAGAUGUAAAGAGCUUUAUGUUGCCGCCUACAAAGUUCGAUGCAGAUGGAAAAACGAAGGGCUAUUUCGUGCUACAUGAGGGAGACAACUUAUUUGAUUUCAAGCUGCGCUUUCCCACAGACAGUGUUCCUUCAUUUGACUGCGCAAGCCCGACGGCAUCUUCAAGCUAUGAAGUUUAUGCUGUUCUCAAAUGCGAGGGAAAAACGUUUACAACGGAGACAAGGACGCUAAUCCUCCCCGUUCGGGGCAGAAAGGACGCAAGCAUGGAUUACAACAAUGAAGACUUACGUAUCACUGUGGACGAAUACGGCACUCUUCAAGAUGGUGUGAAUCUCCUUGUGGUGCAUAAGACGGAUAAGAAGGCUAAAAAUAAGUUGUCCUAUGAGCUUCUGCAAGAAGUGAAUGGACAGGAAAAAUCAAUCGAUAAACUACCGAAAUUAAAAAAAAAUAAAGACACAAAGCUACCAGACAACCCGGCGACAGUGCUUGAGGCAAACGUUAAGGCUGACUCCAUUAAGUGUCCGUCUGUCGACAUUCCUAAUAAAUUUACUCUCACCUACAAGAUUCGGGUGAAAUAUGCAAAAGAAGAGUAUGAGGCUGAAAUAGCCUUUUGCAACGAGCUGCUGCCCGAGCCCUUCCAGCCUAAAAACGUGCUAAGAAGCACCGGCUUCAAACAGAUUCAGAAACCCGAGUAG